AUGAAGGCCCAACGAUGCAUCAGCGCUCGACUCGCGCAAGUUACCCGACCUCUUUAUCCUGCCCCGCGAACUAGUCGCAUCGCCCUAGGCGCGAACUUCGAGUCCAGCCAGCCGCCGCACAACAAGCUGCGCUCCCAGCCCGCGCGAUGGAGCAGCAGCGCUUCCAACCCGGCCAUGGCCUUCCCCUGCCUCGACGCCCUCGAAAGCCGCUCCGCGAAGCUUAGCGAGGCCGCUGCCCGUUCAGCCUCGACCGGUCGAUCCGAUUCAACAGGCCCCGAGCCCUCGUACACGGCUGGCGCGACCCUCGACUUCCACUGCCUCGAACCGUUGCUGCUCGACUGGGGCGGCAUUCUCCCCGAGUUCCAUGUCGCCUACGAAACCUGGGGCGCUCUCAACGCCGACCGCUCCAACGCCAUCCUCCUCCACACAGGCCUAUCGGCAUCAUCACACGCCAAGUCGACCGAUGCCAACCCGCAGCCUGGUUGGUGGGAGCGCUUCAUUGGCCCCGGCUGUGCCCUUGACACAGACAAGUAUUUUGUUAUCUGCACCAACGUUAUCGGCGGCUGCUAUGGCUCCACCGGCCCCUCUAGCGUCGACCCGGCGGACGGUGCCCGCUACGCCACCCGUUUCCCGAUCCUAACUCUCGAAGACAUGGUGCGCGCUCAAUUCCGACUGCUGGACUCCCUGGGCAUCCGUCGCCUACACGCGUCUGUUGGUUCCUCGAUGGGCGGCAUGCAGUCGCUGGCCGCCGCCACGUUGUUUCCAGCGCGCGUGGGCCGUGUCGUCAGCAUCAGCGGUUGCGCUCGCAGUCACCCAUACAGUAUUGCCAUGCGCCACACGCAACGACAGGUGCUCAUGAUGGACCCCAACUGGAACCGCGGCUUCUACUACGACGGCGGCCGCGUCCCGCCCCACGCCGGCAUGAAGCUAGCACGCGAGAUUGCCACUGUCACCUAUCGAUCCGGUCCCGAGUGGGAGCAGCGCUUCGGCCGCCGUCGCGCCGACCCGACCAAGCCCCCCGCGCUGUGCCCCGACUUCCUCAUCGAGACAUACCUCGACCACGCUGGCGAGAAGUUCUGCCUGACUUAUGACCCGAACAGCCUCCUUUACGUCAGCAAGGCAAUGGACCUGUUCGACCUGGGCGCCGAAACACAGGCUGCUGCCGCUGCCAGGAGAGCCGAGCGCGAGCAACGUCUGACAUCAGGCGAGCAGGCGUCACCUGCUGAGAUGGCGGCCUGCAGCUUGACACUGCCUGAAAUUCCCUACGAAGAACAAGGGGAAUCCACAGACGCGGAGGCGACGCCAUCCAACAGCUUGGGGGCAGUGGGCCCGACUUCACCGCAGCCAUCUGCGGAUUUAAUCAGGGGUCUCUCCGUGCUUAGAGAUACACCAACACUCGUCAUGGGGGUGGCGAGUGACAUUCUGUUUCCGGCCUGGCAGCAGCGCGAAGUGGCUGACACGCUGCGGCUUGUGGGGAACCGCAGGGUCACGCACGUCGAGCUGAGCGAGGAGCAGAGCAAGUUUGGGCACGACACUUUUCUGCUGGAUCUGAAAAACAUUGGUGGGAGCGUGAAGAAUUUUCUUCAAUGA